AUGCUUUUAGAUGUCAUGGAAAAGAGUCGAAUGGUUGAACAUUUCUUUGAGCCUGCAGAUAUCUAUAUCUUUAAAACCGGUUAUGAUCGAUCACGUCUUGUUGUUCCAGAUUAUUAUCUUCGUGCUGCGAAACAGAAUAACACAGUAGUUGUAAGGUUACUUAUUGAACAUUCUGAAGACUUCUUCAACAAUGCAUUAUUUUGGGCCGCUGUUCGUGGUAAUGCUGAUGUAAUCAAUUUACUACUUGAAUAUGGCUAUAGAAAGAUUGAUGUUCAAGAAGAAGACAUCAAGUCAUUCAAUGCUAAUCCAGAUCUAAUUAAGUUAAUUAAUAAAUAA